GAAGAGGAGUGGAGCCCCAGGCCGGGGCAGGAGGACCCAGAGCCCACACAGAUUACAGAGGAACAGGAGGAACUCAGGACCAGUCAGGAGAAAGAGCAGCUUCAAAGACUUAGGUCUGCUACCACAGAGAUUGUACAGUUGAUAUUUAUUCCUCCCUGUGUGGAAAGUGACUGUGACCAGGACAGCAAGACAGACUCUCUACCCACCAACACAACUGAACAGACCCAAUCAGCAUCGGAUGACGAGGACUACAGAGUAUCAGAACCAACCAGUCACUCUCAACCCCUCUCUGCAGUAAAUCCAGACAGUUCUGCAGCUCUGAGUGAAAUCAUUGUAAGUAUUGAUGAAGACGAGAGUGAAGAACUACCGUCAGGGUCAAAGAGAACACGGGGAAAGAAAGGACAAACCUCUCAAGUCUGCACUGAGGCCAAGUCAACCAGUGAGCCGAAAGCACCAUUAAAGUCUCACACAAGCAGGAGACCAUACAAGUGUCAUGUGUGCAGUAAACGCUUUAAGACACCAGGCCCUUUAAAAGUACAUUGGAGAAUUCACAAAGGGGAGAAAUCACACAGGUGUCCUUUCUGUCUUCAAAGCUUUAAAUCACUUAACGGUCUACAACUACACCAGAAAGUUCACACAGGUGAGAAAGAGAGACCACAGCAAUGUCCUGUGUGCAGUGAAUCCUUUCUUGGCAUAGCUGCUUUAAAAGAGCAUCAGCAAAUUCACACAGGUGACCCAUAUCAGUGCAAAGAAUGUGGCAAUUCCUUCAGAGUCAAGAAAGACUUCAACAAGCAUAUGAGUACUACUCACCCAGAGAGAGAACCAGUGACUCCAACAGAGAGAGAACUACAUAAAUGUUCUGUUUGUAGAAAAGGCUUUACAACAUUGAGUUAUCUAAUAAUCCACCAGCGAAUUCACACCGGAGAGAAACCAUAUCAGUGCCAUGUUUGCAGAAAAAGCUUCAUUAGGAAGGAAUACCUCAUUAGGCAUAUGGUAAAUCACACAGGGGAGAAACGAUAUUUGUGCAAUGUUUGCGGCAAAACCUUCUUAAGGAAGGCGUACCUGAGAGUACAUAUGGUAACUCACACAGGGGAGAAAUCAUUUAAAUGCCCUGUAUGUGAAAAAGGCUUCAUAUCAUCGACUUGUCUCAAACUCCACCAGAGAAUCCAUACAGGGGAGAAACCCCAUCAGUGUAACCUUUGCAGUAAAAGCUUCAUUAGGAAGGCGUGCCUGAGAGUACAUGUGGUAACUCACACAGGGGAGAAACCUCAUCAGUGUAUUGUUUGCAGCAAAAGCUUCACUCAGAAGAAAGGCCUGAGAGUGCAUAUGAGGACUCACACAGGGGAGAAGCCGUUCAAGUGCCCUGUAUGUGAAAAAUGCUUCACAUAUUCAAAUAAACUAAAAUGCCACCAGCAAAUCCACACUGGAGAGAAACCAUAUAAGUGCCACUUAUGCAGCAAAACCUUCACUCAGAGCGGAGGCCGUUCACGUCAUAUGAAGACUCACACUGGAGAGAAACCAUGUAAGUGUUCUGUAUGUGAAAAAUGCUUCACAUCACCAACUAAUCUUAAACUUCACCAGCGAAUCCACACAAGAGUGAAAUCAUUUAAGUGCCCUGUAUGUGAGGAAGGCUUUACAUCGUCAAGUCUUCUAAAACGCCACCAGCAGAAUCACUGUGGAGAGAAGGCAGAAAAAAAACUAUCAGAGGAAACCUUUCUCUGCAGUGAUUGUGGCAAAAGCUUCCGAACCAUGAGUUACCUGAGAGUGCAUAUGAGGACUCACACAGGGGAGAAAUCAUACAAGUGCUCUAUAUGCGAAGAAGGCUUCAAGUCAGCCCCUUCUCUAAAACAUCAUCAUCAAAUCCACACUGGAGAGAAACCACAAGUUUGUGGCAAAAGCUUCCUUGUGAAGGGAGGCCUGACAGGACAUAUGAAGUCUCACACAGGGGAGGGAGCCAAUAAGUGUCCUGCAUGUGAUAAUUGCUUUACAACAGUCUCUGAUCUAAAAGUCCAUCAGAAAAUUCACAAUGGAGGGAAAACAUAUCAGUGCAAAGAAUGUGACAAAUGCUUCACUCAAAGGUCAACAUUAAAAAAACACACAAGGUCUCACACAGAUGGAGAACUGCAUAUGUGCCACAUGUGCAGCAAAAGCUUCACCCAGAAGGGAAACCUGACACAACAUAUGAGGACUCACACAGGGGAGAAACCAUUCAAGUGCCCUAUAUGUGAAGGAGGCUUCAGGUCAGCCCCUUCUCUAAAACUCCAUCAGCAAAUUCACACUGGCGAGAAACCACAUCAGUGUGAAGUUUGUGGCAAACGCUUCAUUCAGAAGGGAAACCUGACAGGACAUAUGAAGACUCACACAGGGGAGAAACCAUUUAAGUGUGAAGUUUGUGGCAAAAGAUUCCUUCAAAGAGGAAACAUGACAAUACAUAUGAAGAUUCACACAGGGGAGAGAUCAUUUAAGUGUUCUAUAUGUGAAAAGCGCUUCACAACACUACGUGACAUGACACGCCACAAGAGAAUUCACACUGGAGAGAAACCAUAUCGCUGCAACAAUUGUGACAAAUGCUUUAAUCAGAGUAGUUCCCUUAAAUCACACAUUAAGAAUAUUCACAAGAGAGAGAACACAUAAGUGUCCAUUGUUUAAAUUGUGUCAGUGAGAAGAAUGAAAUUCUAACUAAACCUGUAAGAAAACAACAUAUCAUGGUUGAAAAAGGUAUGAUUGAAUGACUGAACUUGUAGAACAUUGUCUAUAACCCAUAUUGCUUAUUUGGUAGAGAGCAGUCUGAAUUUGUAGGCAGCAAGAGUCUUUAUUGAUUAAUUAUAAAAUGAAACAGAAACCCAUAUUUAUUCUUUGGUAGAGAGCAGUCUGUGAAUGUGUAGGCAGCAGGAGUCCUUACUGAUUAAUGAUAGAAGACAGUUGUUCAAAUAUCCUGUUUCAUUCUAUCUUCACACGAAGGAAGCUUUAGUUAUUGUUAAAGGACAAUGCUCAUUGUUCGCAAAAUGUCUGAGUUAAAAUUAUUUAAUGAUUAUCAUGUUGAAGCAACUGUAUUUUAAUGAUGUUUAACAUGGCUAGCUGAACAAGACAGCAGGCCCGGUAUUCAUAAAGCCUCUCGUGGUGAAUUUCCACCUGAGACUUACUCCACACCAGUGUGCCGCCAAUGUUUAUGUUACUAUAAGCUCUAAUGUUAUUUUGUUA